AUGUCUAGUGGAAUUGGUGUUAAAGGAACCAUUGGAAGAUGUUAUCCAUUUUAUGCUGACCUUCGCAAAUGCGUCGGAAAGAAAGAUGUGGAUAGCCCAACGGCAAUGUGCUGGCAGGAAAAUGAGGAUUACUUUGAAUGCCUUCACGGAUUCAAGGAAAAGAAGCGCAUCAUGCAAGUGGCUGCAGAACGUAAACGACGAGAGAAGCUCGGAGAGUCAUUUGAAAUUGACAAGUAG